UGUUUCGGUAGUGCAAUGCUUAGUGGAACUCGUACAUGAGUCCUGUGAUGCCAGCUCUUAUAUACACAUCACCAACAAUACCCCGCACUAGCUCCCCGCACCCCUUCCAGGAAUAGACGUUACUGGUCCUACAAGAACGGUAGUCGGGACUCCCAUUAUCGGGAGUCAACUUGUAGUGCCAUGAGGGUCACGAGUGCUAAGCGGACCAGUGUAGGGACUAAGAAUAUCGCGGGGUCAGUCGGGCUUGCGGGACUCUCGCGAACUCUCGCCUCCUUGGCGUGUCACGACUUGGUAGAUCCCUCAUCCGAGGUCCUACACGGAAGGUUUUCCUCCUGGAACGACCGUAUCUAUCGGAAGAUGCAUGUGAUAUUCAUGGGGGCGUAUCCGAAGUUGUCUAAGAGCUGGUAUGGCUUCGGCAUUCUCCUGCCUAUGUAACGGUAUUGCGAUGGCAGACCAUACUAGACCGAAAGAGGAAUCAGCAAGUAUCUUUACGACUGAAAUACUUGCUUUGAAGCUUUGCAGUCUCUCUUCUACAUUUACCAGCCAUCAUGAAACAGAUAUCGGAUGCGAAUACUCAAGGACUGCAAUGUGCGUUUCUGGUGGUGCGACCCUGGCUACCAUACAGUUUGAAUCAAAAGAGAUAGUAUCUGGGCCUUGGCCUUAGAGAGUCCAUCCAGUUAGUGCCGCUUGGGAAAUACAGCGAAGUUGAUUUUGUAGAGAUUGAUAGCAGUUCCGUAGGUACUUAUCACACGACGAUACGAGAUACACAACUUAGCCAAGA